AUGACGCCAAGUGCCUCAGCUUACCAACCGAUUUCUUCUCAUUACAUUAUUCAACUUGGAAAUGCCGUGUUACUGCUUGUGAUUUCCAUUAUCUGUGUAUCAAUUGCGAUUUCAAAAACAUGUAAGUCAUAUAAAGGUGGUGCUAAAUACAUAGGAUGACUGAGUAAGAAAAAACCAACCAAAGCCUUGAGUUUUUGUAUGAUAUUUGUGUGUUAGAAGCGUUACUUAUUUUAAAAAAAUGUCAACAGUUUAAACUUUCAGCCCGAAAAUACGAUGCCGUGAGUACAAAGCCACUAGAUGCUCAAGACCAUGCUCGUGAGGAAUUCUACGCCGAAAUUGAUGAAGACCUGAGGGGAUAA